AUGCACGUUUUAUUCGUGAUAACAGCUUUUAUUAUCACAUGUAUUAGUGGAAAUGAGACAACAACUGAACGUUUGUCCAAGAUAAUUCGUAUAGUAAUUUCUAAGCCAGAAACGGACAGCGAAAUUGUCUUAGAUGAUAAUGACGGAAAUAAAAUAUCGAGCGAGGUUACGAGAAUUCAACACGAAACGGAUCCGAAUGAUUAUGAUAAUGAUGCUAUUUCAAAAUCAGGCUUCGACGGAGAUUACUCUGUAGAAGAAUUUGCCGAAACAUUUAAAUAUGAACCAGAAGGAGCAGAAAAAAUACAGAAAAAAGAACAAUUUCUGAACGAUGUAAACAAUAUUGCGAGAUCCUUAAACGUUUUAGUGAAUGUCGAUAAAAUUGAUGUUAUUAAUGAUUCUACGAAGAAAUCUGAUUCUAGGUCCGAUUUAAAUAACAGAAGAUCUAGUUUUGGGCAAACGAAGCACGACCAUGACGUGAAUCCUGGGGUAGUUCUGUUUUACGCACCCGUCCUUUACUGUCUCACGCCACAAGGUCACACAAGAAUUUGCGAAAAAUAUACCAAUCCAGGGAUAUAUCGUUCACCGCAUUUCUUCCAAAAGGCUUUGCUGUCGCCAAUCAAGUUGCCACUGAGACAUCAUCACCACGAACCGAUGUUGCCAAUUAACAGGAUCGUAUUACCUUCAUUGACCAGUAAAGAAUAUAGAAGAAAACUAAAAGACCAUACCUUUGAUUCGGUGUAUGGUUCUAACAGACAUUCAAAUCGCAUUUGCGCUAUUGGCCAACGAAAUUAUCCGAAUCCAUACGAUACCGUGCAAUGUUAA